AUCAAAAUGAUAAUAUUGUUGUAUUAGAUCUACUAGUUAAUGAUUUAAGUAAAGAAAAUAUAUCAAUAGAUAGCAAAAAUAAAAAUUUUAAUGAGAUUAAUAGUGAAGAAAUUGAUGAUAAAACAGAUAGUGAAGAAACAUAUA